AUGGACGGACCGAGGGGUGCCGCGCCGGGGCGUGGGUGGACGGCGCCGCACGGACGGGUCGGCGAUACCGGGUCCGGGCGGGGCUCCAUCCCCGACGGCUCGUGGUGGAGUUACGGCUGGGGGUGGGCCUCGGGGCCCGGGGGUGGCUGGGGCAACGGCCACGGCUCCGCGCAAGCCCCCGGCGGCGCUGCAGACGGCGCCGCGUACGGCGGCUUUGGCUACGGAAGCGAGCGCGGGGGAUUCGGGUUCAGCUUCGGCGGCGCGAGCGGCCACGCCGGCGGCUUCAGCUGGGGAGCCGGCGGCGGGGCGUCUGGGACUGGAGGUAACCAAGGAGCAGAGAAAGAUGGUAUAGAUGGUGAACAGUGA